AACAUGUGGCUUGUUGUCCCGUCAACACGGGGGGCACAACGGCGGAUGUGGCAGAAAGACAUUGGAAACAGCAUUUGGUGGUUUGGAAGCGCCUCACUUUUAGUCCCGUUUCUGCAUCGCGUGCGUGUGGUUUUUUUUUUAGUGUAUUUGAGCGGAAUUGGGCCAGUGACGAUGUGUGAAAAGUUGCAGGAGAAAGAAAUCAAAGUGCUCUUUGUUUACGUGCACCAUAUAACCCCUCCCCCUGACAUCCGCCCACAUCUGGGUCUUCCGCCCCCAAUGCCUGACAGGAUCGUGUGUGUGUGUGUGUGUGCAUCCAGGUGUUGUUUUUGUUGGUGUUUGUGACUUGUUGGAGUUGGUGAGUGGCCGAUUCGGCGCCCCCCUCGCGCAGGUGGCCUGCUGAAGUGGCCUCACUCGCAAAGACUUUUUUUUUUGCGGCACUUCAUUGAAAGGCCCAAAAUUGGGUCGCUGGUCACACCCAUGUGGCCCCGCCCCCGGUGCCCCUCAUCACGGUGCGGGUGCCGCCCCCCCCCCCCCCCCUUCCCCCAGCACAAAGUGGUCUUCCUCUUGCUCACGUCAUGCUGGACACGCUCGCCUUGCUGCUGGACAAAUUGGCGCUGUUCUUUGUGACGUGCGCGCCCCCGCCGCCCGAACGCGUCUACCGGCGCGGGGACUUGCUGGAGGUGCCGCGAACGCUCUUCACGCACUUCGGCAUAUACUUGGGCGACGGCUGCGUGGCGCACCUCAUCCCGGACAUCCUCCCGGCAGUCACGUCAGACGCGCGCCUCCUCUGCAGUCGAGUGACCAACACGCGCCUGCUGCUCGGCGUGCUUGCCAAGCGCGCGAGCGUGCGCGUGGACUCCGUGGAGGACUUCGCCUACGGCGCCGCCGUCUGGCUCAACACGCACGCUAUGGAGCGCGGCGCCGGCGGUCGCGGUCGGCCCGAUGCCGAGGAGGCGGCGCGGCGGGCGGAGAGCCUGCUCGGCAGCGCCCCCUACAGCCUGCUGUGGAACAACUGCGAGCAUUUCGUCACGUGGUGCCGCUACGGAGCCGCGCGCAGCCUGCAGACUGAGCAGUUCUGCCAGUGGUUGAAGUCCCUGAUCCGAGACCAGAGGAACGCAGUCGUGGCGGGGCUGCUGGGCCUCGCGUGCCUGGCCCGCUCGGGCGUGUCCUUCGGGACCGCGUUGCCCGCCAUCUUCAUCCCCUUCACGCUGUGGAUGGCCAGCUAGCUGCGCUGCCCGCAAACUCUUGUAUCUUUUUCACGGGCUGAGGCUAAGAUGUGGACUCUGAUUUGUGUGUGUGUCAGUGGAAAUAUUUGCAAGAUUUGUCAGCGCAAAACAAAAACACGGGUGUCUGUGUGUGUUUGGGGGGGGGGGGUAGUGCGUAUGAGAGGAUUUCAGUCGUGUGUUGAGUAAGAUUUGGGAAAUGGAGGAUUUCAGUAAUGUCGGAGCGGUUUGCCGAGGUUCUUUGAGCGCAAAGUGCGAGCGGGCCCCAAAACUCAUCGCUGGGCGUGAGAGAGCAUUUCAAUGAGCGGCGUCACGCCGCAGGUGCGUCGCUCGCAUACGAAUCCGCCGAGGUGGGGGAUGGAUGGUAAUUGUCGUCAUGGUUACGGGCGCCGGCGGCGUACGUCGUCGUUUAUUUUGCCGUCUCGGGAAGCUUCUUGAUCGCUUGACCUCGCGACCCCGCGCUGCCGGCCUGACCUUUACCAAGCUGUCGUCUGGGCGACCUUCCCCCCCCCCGCCUCAUCGCUCCCUUUUGUCUGCGUUCGGAUGACUCAUCCUAUGUCCUCCGCCUCAGGGGAGGACGGGCGGCUGUCAAUCAAGAGUGCGUGAACACAUGUUAGCACAUCUGCCUUCCACGUUCUCUCACUUUUCUCGCACGGUCGUCCGUCGGGGUGAGCGUGAGUAGUCGGUCUCUCCGGGGUCCGCCCCGCCCCGCCUUUCCCUCACGGGCUCCUAAUAAGGACAAGAGCGCUGGAAAACGGAUGGCAGGUUUCCCGGCAAAUGAAAGCGCUUCUC